UGCAUCACAAAAUAAUUUUACUAAUAAAUAUAAAUAAAAACAUUAAAACCCCAAUACUGAAAAGAACAUAUAGGUCUAUUAAACAUACAAUCAGAGUAAUGAGUAUCUGUACGAACCUGUUCCCCAGUCAUCACAGCAUGCACCCCACCAGUAGAAGAAAUCACGCAAAGCAUAACUUAAUCAGAAUCAGUUCCGAUCGAAAUCGUGAUCCGUCUUGUUUACUUUAUCGGUAUAGUGCAAAUAAACAAAAAAAAAAAUUUUCAAAUGCUGUCUUUAAUAAAAAUGAAACUAAACCAUAAGUUAUUGCCAAUUAAGUUUCAUUUCUUUUUAUUUAAUGCAGGAACAGCACCCUUAGUGCCUUAUCUGUCAACUUAUGCCCGUCAAUUAGGAUUUUCAUCAGCAACUGUAGGUCUCAUAUACACAAUACUGCCUAUAUUUGGACUCAUAGCAAAACCAAUUUUGGGUGUUAUCGCCGACAGAUUUAAGUUACAAAAAUCUAUUUUUAUACUAUUUGAAGUGAUGACAAUAGUGAGUUUCUCAGCUAUAUACUUUAUACCAGAGAACAGAGUUGGAACUAUGGUUCAGUUGGAUUGUGCUAAUGGCAUGACAGUUCUAAGAAGUUGUCAGGCAGGUGGAUCUAUAGAUAAAUGUAAAGUAAGUACACUUGGAAAAGAUAAGAAAGAAGCUAAAUGUGAGAUGAACUGUGAUAUAUCGUCGCCCAAGAUGUGGCAGACUGUUUGUGAGCAUUGGGACAUACCACAGUACUGUGACAGCAGCACAGACAGUUUGCAGUAUUUAUCAAACUUCGGUAACAUUAUGUUACAUGAUAAAUGUGCUUAUAUUACAACAAAGGAUAUCAUUUUAGAUGGUCAUGAGUACAUUCCUCAAUGUCGCGUUGGUAGCGGCUUCGUGAACAUUAGUCAACCAUGUGCACUCAACUGCACGAAUGAAAUACUGUCUUCAAUAAUCGGUUUUAAAAACCCUUACAUGAUAUGUUUGAAUAACACACUCAAUUAUCGUUUCUGUACAAAUAAUACAUCCGAACUGACUGUAUUGGAUAAUUAUAUGGAGAGUGAAUGCAUGGUUUCGUGUAAUUUUAAAAAACCAUGGCAGCUUUUGGAGUUAUGCAAGAGUUGGCAAUCAGAGAUCACCACUUUUUGUCAACCAAAUACGAGGAUCGGCAAAGAAUUCCCAACGAAUUUAUCAUUCACUGGCACUGUACUACCGUCUACUGCGAUCUCCAUGGACGAAUGUCUUUACUUGCAGCUAGACCAUAUUACUUUACCAGAUGGUUCUAUACAUUAUCCAAAAUGUUCAUCGAGUGCCGUUUACCAACUGGAAACCGAACUGUACCAUACCUCGUGCCAAAUUAGUUGUAAUAAUAGUCAGUUAAAUGAAGUUUUUGAAGCUGCAUCAGAUAGUAAAAAUAAUAUGACACAAUAUACAAGGGAGUUUUGGUUAUUCUUUUUAUUUAUGAUAAUCAGCUGGGUCAGUCAAUCUAUCGUGAUAACAUUUGCUGAUGCUAUAUGCUUUGAUCUUCUUGGUGAUAAAAUAUCUGAUUAUGGCAAACAGAGAUUAUGGGGAUCUCUCGGUUAUGGAAUGUUCUCACUGAUCACCGGAGCUCUCAUAGAUCUAUUCAGUGAUGGAGCGUACAAAAAUUAUAUCGUGGCAUUUAUACUUAUGUUCGUCUAUAUGUGUGGAGACGUUACAGUUUCUAUAUUUGUAAAAACAAAUACCAUAAAAAUGUCUAUGAAUAUCUUGGCAGAAGUUGGAACGCUAGUAUCUUCUUUACCAACAAUUAUAUUUUUGUUGUGGGCUAUAUCAGUGGGCAUUUACACUGGUUUCGUAUGGCAAUUCCUUUUCUGGCAUCUCGAAGACAUAGCAGCUUUGAGUUGCGACGGAUCUGAUUAUAUAAAAACACUAGAGGGUCUUGUUAGUGCUAUUCAAUCAUUUGGUGGGGAAAUACCUUUUCUAUUUGUGUCUGGAUAUGUUUUAAGAAAAGUGGGACACAUUAAUAUGAUGAGUUUAGUGCUGUUCGCCUUCGGAGUACGAUUCUUACUAUAUUCGAUCCUUACGAACGCAUGGUGGGUUCUGCCCAUAGAGAUGCUGCAAGGGAUCACAUAUGGCAUGUUCUACCCUACUUUGACCUCUUAUGCAAAAAUGGUCUCGCCAGAUGGAACAGAAACUACAGUUCAGGGCUUAGUAGGUGCGAUGUAUGAAGGAGUGGGGACAUCUAUCGGAAGUAUGAUCGGCGGUCAACUUUACAAAUCGUAUGGUGGUUCGACCACAUUCCGCUGGUUCGGGAUCAGUUCCCUAAUCUUCUGUGCUUUACACGUAUUUAGUCAAUAUGCACUCAAAAACAAAAUACAACGUAUUAACACAAGGAAAUGAUUGUAGUUACCUGAUCGUCAUUAAACAAUAUAUUCUGACAGUCAGAACAUAUACUAACUGACCCUAUAGAUGUUGUCCUGUCAAUUGCGCGAACAAUCAAACGCCCGAAGUUAAAAUAGUUGUUGACUACUAAUGGAUAUUUAUAAAAUAUUAAAAAAAAAAAUUAAAAUAAUUAAUCGCUUAGUCGUUCCCAAUGUAUGGUGUGACCAAGGGAACUACGAAUUCAUUUAUAUAUAUUAUAUGACAUAAUCAGGAUUUUUGUUUUUAGCAAAAUUAUUUUUUUACUAGUGUAAAUAAUAAAUUUUUUAGUAAAGUUCAUAAAAAGUAAUUUU